UCUGUCCUAGAGUAGAAGAGCGACUGCUGUAUCGAGAGGGCUGAGUCCAAUCACAUCCGCGGCACUGACAGAUCAAUUUAUGUUUCUAUGGUAACAAGCUCAGUGUGCUAGUACUGAAUGUCUUGACAGGUGCGAUACGUUUCAAGUUUUCAGGAUGUAUGCGAAAGGAAAAGGCUCCACGGUACCAUCCGAUGCCCAAGCUAGAGAAAAGUUAGCUUUGUAUGUUUAUGAGUAUUUAUUACACGUUGGAGCACAGAAAGCUGCACAGACAUUCCUGUCGGAGAUUCGAUGGGAAAAAAAUAUCACAUUAGGAGAACCUCCUGGGUUUCUGCACUCAUGGUGGUGUGUAUUUUGGGACUUAUACUGUGCUGCUCCUGAAAGGAGAGACACCUGUGAACACUCUAGUGAAGCUAAAGCUUUUCAUGACUAUGGUUUUGUCAACUCGGGGUAUGCUGUUAAUGGUAUUGCACAUAAUCCUACAGCGCCGAGUCCGCUAGGUCAAAUUCCGCCAAAUGAUGGUAUGCCUGGAGGUCCAAUGGCCCCAGCAGGCUUCUUUCCUAAUUCUCACAUGAGGCCCUCGCCGCCACAGCAGCCAGUGUCGCAGCCGUCCCCUCACCCGCAGCCCCCACCCCCUCACAGUCAGAUGCUUCCAAAUCAGCCGUUCAUGUCACCCAGGUAUCCCGGUGGACCUAGGCCGGGAGUGCGAAUGCCCCAACAAGUAGAAUUUAAUCCCCCUGGAGGAGUUCCGGGCCAGCCUAUGAUCCCCAAUAGUAUGGACCCUACUAGACAAGGUGAUGGGGGUGAAUUCGUUGGCUGGCAAGGUCCACCCGGUAUGAACCCAAUGAAUCCCCGAAUGAAUGCUCCUCGUGGUCAACCGUUACCUAUGAAUCCUGGAAAUUAUGGUGGUAUGAGGCCACCACCAAAUAGUACUAUGGGCCCAGGUGGGCCCUCUAUGCCACCUAUGUCCAUGCCUGGAGGUCCUGGAGGACGACCUUGGCAACCAAAUACAUCAACGAUGAAUUAUUCUUCUGCUUCACCUGGCAGCCAUUAUGGAGGUCCACCUGUCUCAAGCACGGGUCCUCCUGGUCCAGGAACUCCUAUAAUGCCCAGUCCUCAAGGUUCAUCAGGUCCUUACUCCCCUGCCAGCCACAGAAUGAACACUUCCACGCCGAGAAGAGAUUCAACAAGUUCCGGUGGUGAGAGUAUGUAUGCAAUGAUGAAACCUGUACCUGGUGGAAGCAUACCUGGGUUCCCAAUGGGACCUGGACCUGAAGGACCAAUAGGAUCCAUGGGACCUGAAAUGGGACCACCAGUCAUGAAUGGAAUGUCAUCUGCGGGUGAUACUCUAGAUGGCAUGAAAAACUCUCCUGCAAAUGGACCCGGUACACCCAGAGAAGAAGGGCCUUCAAUGGGUGAUUAUGGUAUUCCUGGUUAUGGACAAGAAAAUGAUCAGAAUGAAUCAGCUGCAAUAUUGAAAAUUAAAGAAAGCAUGCAGGAGGAAGCAAAAAGGUUUGAAAAAGACACUCCCACUGAGCAUCCGGACUAUUUUAUGCAAUAAUUUAUUCUUCGAGUCACUGAGACAAAUGGACUUUGUUCGAUUUCUGAGGCCCCAAUACGAGUGUGCGAUGAGCAUUCUUCCAAAGUGCUUUUCCACCGCAAAGAAGUGUAGUAGAGACGACUCAAUUCCCCGACAUCCACUUGUAUAGAAUUUGUUGCUUUGUCUUCAUGUGCACAUUAGUCCCUGCCCCAACCAUAAACUGCCACGUUUUCAUCAGAAAGCAAGAAAAGAAAUUAUUUAAAAAAGAGAAAAAAAAUACGAGCCCAGAUGAAUUUUUCUUUUCCUCGCUUCCAGUGUGAGAAUCUUGAUUUCUUUUUUCUUCCCUGCCUUUUGUCGGAAGGAGAUUGUAAAAUAAUCAUGAACAUUGUAAAAUUACAUUCAGAAAUGCAUAAAUAUGUAUUUUUAUCAUUAUCAGAAAUUGUUUACUGACAAACGUCAAGCAUUUUUGAUGUAAACUUAUCAUCACUGGGAUGAUAACUUAACUUCGCAUUCGAAGGCAUGGAUCACAUUCACUAUGAAAUGUACAGUAUAUAUACCUACCUUUAGAUACUUUUGAAGACCAAAGCGUCGACCGAGCAAAUCAAAGGUACGAUGGUGUUCUAAGAACACUGGUCAAGACUAUCACGAGUCGAUGGCGUUUGUUAACUGGGGAUCAAGUUUUUGUGUAGAGUUACAGGGAUAAUUAAACAAAGGUGAUACUUUUUUUCACGUUUACGAUCACCACUCAGUAUUGUUACCUAUUGGUCAUAUCACUCAUCACUCUAGUUCAAGCAAAGGACUCUUUUUCUUGACCAAACAGGACGAAAAUCCAAAAAGUCACUUAUGAACAAAGGAAGUCUAUUGAGAAAUUUUUUUACACCUGUCCUUUGUAAUUUUACCUGUCUCAUUUUUCUUAAAAUUUUCUACCAAUAUCCUCUCCUUUCAGCCCUCAAACAUUAUUUUUGUAUUCCUCUACUCCAUCUUUUAGCACAUCCUCUUUUAGUUUUGAUUCCCCCCCCCCUUCUUCAUCAUUUUAAUUUGUACGAUAUUCUUUCUGAUGUGAUGUGUUUGUAGAUAAGAAAGACAAAAAAAAAAAAAAAAAAAGACUCUUACACAUUUUUAAAACUACAAAGGCCUAUUGCUGUAUAUCAUUCUGUACAAAAGUGAUCUACUAUAUUAUCUAUAGUUCUUAGAAGAAAAAAAAAAUAAAAUAUCUAUCUUAUGAGAGCUAAAUACAAGCGAUUCUGGACUUAUCUCCCAAGGACAAGUCAACAUUCCGAUUUAACUGAACCACGCUGGUCUUGGCAUGAGAGACGACCUUGUGAAGUCAAAAAGCUCUUGAAAGCCCAUUGUAAUAUUGAGAAAAUACAAAGACUGAAUGGUUCACGUUUUAAGUGACCAAAAACAUUGUAUAUAUUAUAUAUCCGAGAGUUCUGUGCUGUUUGCCUGUGUACUUGAAUAUUGUGCUGGCUAGAGUUUAUAAUGAUUUUUCAUUCCUUGUACAAUAAUAAUUCUUAUCCCUUCAUUAAUGUUAUUUUUUUGUAAUAAUGGAUCAACUCCAGUGUGGGGAUUCACAAAUUAGUAUUGACAAUGAGUACAAAAUGGUUCCUACCUUAAAAGACAGUAGAACUUCCGACUUUAUAGCUUUAAUGUAAUAUUUUGAACCUGGCAUAUAUAAAUUUUUUUUUUCGGAUUUCGAAUCAAACAAAAAUGUAAAUGUCAUUUUUUUUUAAAAAAAUGUGUUAAAAAAUUCUUUCUUUUUAGAUUAAUUCAACAAAGGAAAGUAAGCAAGGGAGUUUUAGCAAGUAACAUGUUUCACUUUCAUUCCAUAAAAUUUGAAGAACUUUGGCAUCCAAUUCAAAAAGUUGAUAUUGCAAUUAUUUACUACAAGUAAAAAAUUGAACUGUUUAAAUAUUAUUUUGUCUUAAAAAUUUUGCCCUAUUCCUAUUCUAAAAUUCUCGUUUGUUACUUGUUUAAACUAAUUAAUAUCAGAAUGUCGCAUAAAUAAAGAAAAUUAAUAAAAAUAAUUAUUGUUGAUAUUCUGGGAUUUGAUCCGGUACACUUACAAUUCUUAAUAACAAACAGAAACUUUUAUAGUUUGUCAGGUUCAAUCAUUAUCUUGUUUUUGUUAUAGAAAAUGUAACCACUCUUAUUGUUUAUUUGAGUGGUUUAUUAUGCAUAAACUUAUGCGAAAAUGUUUAUUUUACCUUUGAGAUGUGUAUUUUGCGCAUAGCAAAAGCAGUAACAUACUGAAGUUGAUCCACAUGAUUAUUGUUUCUCAGUACCGUCAGUCGAAUAAUUAGGAUAGAAAUUUAUUGCCGAGAAACAUGUCUAGGGACUGCUGGAAAUGUUGUUACAGGAAUGACAUAUUUUGUAAAGAUAUAUCCUUGUACAACAUGAUCACCCAUUUGUAAUGCUCACACACACAUCAGCAAAUUUUUAAAAAAAGACAACUCAAAGGUUUUAGGCCAUAAGAACUGUAGGUUCGUAUUUAGAUAAACACUGUGACUCUUUAGCCUAUAGCGUGGUAAUGUGGAAGCAUUGCAAACAUUAUCAACGUUUGCAGUGAAAAUUUGGGAUCAAAUGUGGGGAAAAAAUUUGUUUGAAUUAUCUUUCUAAAAAUUUUUUUAUUAUAUGUAUGAACAGCUUCAUCAAAGCAUUAUGUUCAAAUAAUUAUGAUAAACAAAUCAAAAUAGUACAAAAUACUUUAAUGAAUAAUUUUAAUUUUAUCUACCUAAUAUUCAAUUCUAGUUUUAAUAAGAGAUAUUUUAAUAGAAUUUUUUUUUAUCCUGUAAAGAUUUUUCAAAACUUUUCAAAGUUAAAUUAUUAUUUUCAAACUUAUAUUGUUUUCUUAAAUAGCUGCCAAAAAAUAGAAAUGUAAUGAAAUGUUUAUCCUUAAAAUAUGUAAGUGCUGUAGAUAUGCCCUUAAAUAUUUAAUAUUUUUUAAAACUUGCAUUUAAAAAAAGUCUGUAAAUCAAAUUUAUUUUAUUAUUUAUAUUCAUAUAAAUGACACCAAAACAAGUUUUGUUUAUUUAUUAAAAUUUCAAAAUAUUUAUUCAUUUAUUUAAAUUCUGAAUCAUAAACUGUGCAAUUGUUAAACUUCUAAUUCCUGAAUUGAAUAACAAUAUACAAAAAAAAAAAAGCAUUUCAUGUAUAUACAAUUUAUAUAGCUGUUCAAUUUUUACAAAAAACAAACAUAAUCACCAAAUAGUUAUUCAUAAAAUUAGUAUUUUCUCAUUCAUAUGAUAAGUUAGACUGUUCUGCGAUACAUUUUAUAAUUUCAAAUUGCAACUCUUUUAAAAAUUGAUACAUCAUUAAAAUACAUUUUUAUUCAUUACAAAAAUGUAUAAGCAUCACCCACCUCUUAGCAUUUAGUAUAAUUUAGUUUGUUUCAAUCUUCGUUACUUUAUUUUCAAACUUAUAUGAAAUGUAUUUUUCAAUAUGCAUUUAACACAAAACUGACUCCACCUAUUUUUUUUUUUUUCUUUUUAUUUUUGAAAUUGAGAAUAAUUUUUUAGUCAUUGGCCAAAGCUUUAAGGUGGUAAUAAAAUUUGUUUUAUUAAUAUACACAUAGUUAAUUUCACUUAAAUAAUAAAAAUCUAUUCAGUUUUUGCUUAAAUGGAUUCAUAACCUGUUUUAAAUAUCUAGACUGGUAAGGUAUGAUAAAAAUAUUUAUUUUAUAGUUUUAAUUAUAUACUUAUUGUUUGAACCAAUUCAUAAGAUUUUUUCCCCUCUUAUAUUAUUAAAAAAAGCUAAAAAUUUUUUUGUUUGAACUUGAAAAAUGCAUUUAAGAAUAGCUUUUCUAGCAUUUUUUUAAUACUAAUUGUCUUCUGAAAGAAAAUUUGUCAUAAAUACUCUUGAAGAAUAAGAAACAAACCUGUCAAUUUGUUUUUAAAUCAAAAAAAAAAAAAAAAUUGCAUUAUUUAUUUUGUACAUACAGAUUAUAAAGCAGGUGAAUUUAAAAGGUCUUGGUUAAUCAAAAGUACACAAUGUGAGCUGCUGAUGUGUAUAUGUACCUCAUUACAGCAGUCUGUGAGGCAGAUAACAAUGAAGUGUAAUAAGGCCUUAGAUCAACCAUUUUAAACUGUGGUUACCAUACACAGGUGGUAUGUGAAGAAAAUAAUUUGAAAUUAAAGUAAAUCAUUGAAAAAUAAAAAUGUAUAAUAUGAAAA